AGAGAGAGAUCUUUACUGGUGUCCAUUAUUGCACACAGAUCAAAAUGAUUCAGUUCUGUACUGAUGGAGCUCUUGUAUUUAGCAUACUGAUCAUCGUGUCAGUGGUGAAAUGUGAGACAAAAGAUGUCCUGUCUUUCACUGCAAAUGAAGGAGGAAAGGUUGAUAUACAGUGCCCAUAUGAGUCUGGAUAUGAAACAAAUGACAAGUAUUUGUGCAAAGGGACGUGUUCAAUACUUUCCAAAGACAUACCUGUUAAAUCCAGAAAAGAGCCUAAUGACAGGCGAUUCAAUCUGACUGACAACUCAACAGCCCACAUCUUCACUGUCACCAUCACUGAUCUGAGACCAUCAGAUGAAGGCAAAUACUGGUGUGCAGUAGUGACAGGCCCUGGACGUACUGAUAAUUAUAGAGAGGUUCAUCUGAAAUUUAAACAUGAUAAUGGAGGUUUAUUAACUGUGAUAACAACGACUACAAAGACAACAACUAUCAGCUCAAUGUCACCAGUAUCUUACCAUUACACGGUCAACACUCAGACUGUGGCUUUAUCAUUACCACCUUCAUCACCAUCAUCAUCAAGUUUCUGUCUAGUGUCAAAAAAUUCAGAUUUGCCACCAAUGAUCUCAUUGUCAGUAACAGUGAUUCUUCUUCUUCUGUUUGGACUUUCACUCUUCAUGUACCGUAGACAGAGAAACAAAAAGAAAAAUCAUGAUUCCUCACAGAUCAACAGUAACACGCUACAAGAUUGUGUUGAAAACAAUAUUUAUGUUAUUCAGAGCAUCUAUGAAGGACCCCAUGAGGUGAAAAGCCACUCCGACUGCUGUACCUGUUCAUCGUGUGUUAAUGGCAACAUUAAUCUACCCACCAACCCAUCUGAGACUAUAAACACGGUUUAUGCUACAGUUCAAUUACCCAAAAAUCCUUCAGAGUCCAACAGGGACAUUUAUUCCCUGGCUCAUUUACCCAGAAAACCUUUGGCUUGAAUGUUCAGUUUUUAUCACUGCAUAAUUUCUUAGAUUUCUUUGAUUAUCCAUGAUAUUACAUAUUAAGUGUUUAUUUUCUGUAAGCCGGAUGAAGAACCUGCAUGUUCCAACUUGUACUUCUCUGUCGCCAUCUCAGUUUGAAACAUAAAAUUACAAGGUUAACAUACCUAUCUUUGAGAGCAUCGCAAUUCGAAGGCUGAAUCCUUUCGAAGGAUGCAGACUUUGAAGACGGGACUUGGUUUUCGAAGUAUGCAGCCUCUGAACUCUAUGAAGCAAACUGAAAUGAGCCGGUCUAGCCAAGCCUGUCUAGCCACUUUGUUUUAGAGAAUAUGAUGCGUUGAUGCACAUUAAACUACUCAACAGUAUUUAAAAUUUAACAACCUUAGAAAUAUACAAAAGUAAAACACAACAUGCUCAAUAUUGCAGCCAUAAUAUUACAGCUUUUCUUGAUUGCUUUGAUGCAUCCGUCAACUCAAACUCCACAUUUUCAAAAUAGUUAACGCACAGGCCUAAACAGUAGCUCUCAUGGUCAAAAUGACAAUUUUUUUGCUUUAACCGCGCUAAAACAUUUAAAAUAUGCAACAAAAGCUAAAUUUGCCUUCAAACAACACAACGUGCACACAAGUAUAUGAGCUCUUUUAGUCAAUCAUUACACAGUGGACAACAAAUACAAAAUACUCAGUGCGAAUCAGUGCACCAUUCUCUGUCCAUGUAGCCUAUUGCCAGUGCAGUUUGUUGUCUUUCUAUAUUGGCUGUGUCAAAUUUGCCUUUUUGCAAAAAAAAAAAAAAAAUGGAUCUAGAAUAAGAAAUGCUUUGAUGCAUUUUUUAUUGAUUCCAUGACAGAAUUUUUUGUCAAACCAUGUCUGAAAACUGAAAUACUGUAAAUAUUACAGAGAAUACAUGUAAACCAAAAUACAGUAAAACAUAUUGGAGUAUAAGAAAUAUCCACUAUUGAUAUCUCUUCUGUCUUGACGAUGGGGCCACAUGGCCUCAUCCACAUCACAUUCAAUAUCCUCUCUUGCAAUGCACCUAGGGAAAAAUUAUCUUGUAUGCCUUAUCCAACCUUGACAUUCCUCUGCACCUAUUUAUUGGGCAGCAGCAGUCAUUGCAAUGGCAUUUGCUCAUAAGGAUGGUGAUCAUAAACCUUCCACCUCCAAGCACUGAAGUAU